AAACUGAGUAAAGAAGAAGAAGUGAUCAUGGCGGCAGAGAAGAUAGAGACAGUGAUCGCAGGGAACUAUUUAGAAAUGGAGAGAGAAGAAGCAUCAAACAUAAGUAAUAGUGAUAACAAGUCUUCAGCUAAAACAAAACUCUCCAACUUCUUCUGGCAUGGAGGUUCUGUCUAUGAUGCUUGGUUUAGCUGUGCUUCAAACCAGGUUGCACAAGUACUGUUGACAUUACCAUACUCGUUCUCACAACUUGGGAUGAUGUCGGGGAUCUUGUUUCAACUCUUUUAUGGAUUAAUGGGAAGCUGGACUGCUUAUCUCAUUAGUGUUCUCUACGUUGAGUAUCGAACUCGUAAAGAACGAGAAAAAUUCGAUUUCCGUAACCACGUUAUUCAGUGGUUUGAGGUGUUGGAUGGAUUGCUGGGGAAACACUGGAGGAACAUUGGACUAAUCUUUAAUUGCACUUUUCUUCUCUUUGGAUCCGUUAUUCAACUCAUUGCUUGUGCAAGCAACAUAUAUUAUAUCAAUGAUAAAUUGGACAAGAGGACAUGGACAUACAUAUUUGGAGCGUGUUGUGCAACAACUGUUUUUAUUCCUUCGUUCCAUAACUAUAGAAUCUGGUCAUUCCUGGGACUGGCUAUGACCACUUACACUUCUUGGUACCUCACCAUUGCUUCUCUACUUCACGGCCAGGCUGAGGACGUUAAACACUCGGGUCCAACCACAAUGGUUCUCUACUUCACCGGAGCCACCAACAUUCUCUACACCUUUGGUGGUCAUGCCGUCACUGUGGAGAUAAUGCAUGCCAUGUGGAAACCACAAAAGUUCAAGGCGAUAUAUCUACUAGCGACUAUAUAUGUACUAACAUUAACGCUACCUUCUGCGUCUGCGGUUUAUUGGGCGUUUGGCGAUCAAUUGUUAACUCAUUCCAAUGCACUCUCUCUCCUACCUAAGUCCGGUUUUAGAGACACGGCGGUGAUCCUUAUGCUUAUCCAUCAGUUUAUAACGUUUGGAUUUGCGUCCACACCAUUAUAUUUUGUGUGGGAGAAGCUGAUAGGUGUGCAUGAGACGAAGAGCAUGUUCAAAAAAGCCAUGGCUAGGUUACCAGUGGUUUUACCCAUAUGGUUCUUAGCCAUCAUCUUCCCCUUUUUCGGACCAAUCAAUUCUGCGGUCGGAUCUCUCCUAGUCAGCUUCACUGUCUACAUCAUCCCCGCUUUGGCUCACAUGCUUACUUUUGCUCCUGCCCCUUCCAGAGAGAACGCUGUGGAGAGACCGCCACGAGUGCUGGGAGGAUGGAUGGGGACUUAUUGCAUAAACAUAUUUGUGGUGGUUUGGGUGUUCGUUGUUGGGUUCGGGUUCGGAGGAUGGGCAAGUAUGGUCAAUUUUGUUCGCCAGAUCGACACCUUUGGUCUAUUCACCAAAUGUUACCAAUGCCCACCUCGCAAGCCUUAGCCUUGAUAUUUACGUAUUGGCCAUUCAAGACCUUCUAGGACGAGGGUUUCAUCUCGGGGAGUUUUCUGCUUCAAGCUGGAAUAUAUACAAGUUAUUAUAAUUUAUUGAAAAUCACAUCUCUUUGUAAUUGUUUAACGACAAUAAUCGUUUCAAGUCUGGUUUGUUUAUUUGUUAUGUUGAGUUAUAUUUUGGUAAAUUGGGGUUUUUGUUUCCUUUAGUUAAGGUGUGAUGGCUAUCUUGACAAGGCCAACCCUAUUAUUAAUUAGUGCUCUUCAAUA